GACUGGGAGUGUUGUGUGAAAAGAGUGCAGGCCAACGAGCGAGACAAAAGAGGCUGCGGCUGCAUUGAAUGUGCUGGUGGUGUGUCCGUCUCCGAAGCCACAAGCAAACCACAUUCUCUCCCCUUCAACCGCCGCCGCCUCCCUCCUCCAUCUAUCUCUGGCCUCUUUUUUUCCUGCUGAAAAUACAUCGAAGGGAAGAGAGAGGGGAGAAAACAAUUUGACGAUAUUGCUGGAAGCGCGCAAGUUGGGGACUUGGAAAGAGAGAGAGAGAGAGAGAGAGAGAGAGAGAGGAGCUCCUCGGAUCGGACCGGGUGUUUCUCUUCCCCCUUCGUCCUUUUACUACGCGUCGCUGCGGUGCGGGCUUGGAGGAGAUAUAAGCCAGAACAAAGGAGUCUUGAAGCGAGGAAUGAGCGAGUCGAGACUAGCUCUGCGUUCGCCUCUGAAUCCGGGCCAAAUGCCUCAGUGAGAGACCGACCAUAGUACAUCGGCUGCUCGCAUUUUCUCGACGAAGCUUUCCGCCCCGAAAAAAGGGAGAAAGAAGACACAAAAAAAGACGCACAAGGGGACGCACAAGUCGGCUGCUACGAUGUUUCCUCAAAACCGACCACCGGCACCUCUGCAGCCGCCCCCGGGGUCCUCGGCCUCAGUGGUGGCAGCAGCGGCAGCAGCAGCGGCGGCAGCUUCGGGGACGCCCCAGUCGCUGAAACUAACCUACCCAGAAACCCUGGACCGCAUCAAGGAGGAGUUUCAGUUCCUGCAGACCCAGUACCACAGUUUGAAGCUGGAGUGUGAGAAACUGGCCACAGAGAAGACAGAGAUCCAGAGACACUACGUUAUGUAUUAUGAAAUGUCCUACGGCCUUAACAUUGAAAUGCACAAACAGACGGAGAUUGCCAAGCGGUUGAACGUGAUCUGUGCUCAGCUCAUCCCCUUCCUGUCACAGGAGCAUCAACAACAGGUGGUCCAGGCAAUGGAACGCGCCAAACAGGUGACCAUGGGGGAGCUAAAUGCUUCGAUAGGGCAGCAGCUCCAGGCCCAGCACCUCUCCCAGCAUGCCCAGGGUCUGCCGGUGGGCCCGCACCCGUCAGGACUGCCCCACCCGGGCCUGGCGCUCGGCGGAGGGUCCGGCCUGCUGGCCCUGUCUGGGGCUUUAGGGGCCCAGCUGGCCGCCAAAGAUGAGAGAGCGCACCUGGAGGCAGCAGCAGCAGCAGCCGCCGCCGCAGAGCACCACAGAGACCGUGAAGCAGGACCAAGCUCUCUGUCCAAUGGGGAUAAGGGUCGGCCGGCAGACUACCUCAGCAACGGCAAGAAGAGGAAAGCUGAUGAGAAGGAGUUCAUGACAGACUAUGGCAGCGAUGCGGAUAAGAGUGAUGAUAAUUUGGUGGUGGAUGAGGACCCGUCGUCCCCCCGCAGCGUUCAGUCCUACUCGUCCAGGGAAAACGGUUUGGACAAGAUCCCUCCAUCCCGUAAGGAGGGUCCUCCACAGGCCAGUCCCACCUCGCUGGCCUCCUCCAGCAGUGCCACCUCCCCGUCUCGUGGCAAAGAUCCUCCACAGAGAGAGAAGUCCAGCACUCCAGGUAUGAAGCCAGGGACGCCGAUGUCUCAGGAGUCCAACACACCAGGACCAAGCGGACCUCCACAGUUCAGACCGGUGCCAGGCAAACCGGGCGUCGACCCCCUCGCUCUGGGUCUGAGGAACCCCCUGGCGGUGCAGGGAGCCUCCCCGGGGGCGUUCGGCCUGCCCCCUCCAGGGGUGAACGGGGACCUGCCCGGGGCGGCGGGGUAUGGCGCCGGCCUCCACUUGGUUUCCCCACAGAUGAACGGAGCUGCGGCGGCGGCGGCGGCAGCAGCUGCUGCAGGCUACGGCCGGUCCCCUGUGGUGGGCUAUGAGUCUCCACACCCACACAUGAGGGUCCCUGGGCUGCCUGCCAGCCUCCAGUCAGCCGCCUCCGGGAAACCCGCCUACUCGUUCCACGUGAGCGCCGACGGGCAGAUGCAGCCGGUGCCCUUUCCCCCCGACGCCCUGCUGGGUCCUGGGAUCCCCCGUCACGCCCGGCAGAUCCACACCCUGAACCACGGGGAGGUGGUGUGCGCCGUCACCAUCAGCACCUCCACGCGCCACGUCUACACCGGAGGCAAAGGCUGCGUCAAGGUGUGGGACAUCAGCCAGCCUGGAAGCAAGAGCCCCAUGGCCCAGCUGGACUGUCUGAACAGGGAUAACUACAUCCGCUCCUGCAAGCUGCUGUCCGACGGGCGAACCUUGAUUGUCGGCGGAGAGGCCAGCACGCUGUCGAUCUGGGAUCUGGCCACGCCGACUCCCCGCAUCAAGGCGGAGCUGACGUCGUCGGCUCCAGCCUGCUACGCUCUGGCCAUCUCCCCCGACAACAAGGUCUGCUUCUCCUGCUGCAGCGACGGCAACAUCGUCGUCUGGGACCUCCACAACCAGACGUUGGUCAGGCAGUUCCAGGGCCACACAGACGGAGCGAGCUGCAUCGACAUCUCCAACGACGGCACCAAGCUGUGGACGGGAGGGCUGGACAACACGGUCCGCUGCUGGGACCUCCGAGAGGGACGCCAGCUGCAGCAGCACGACUUCACCUCGCAGAUCUUCUCUCUGGGCUACUGUCCGACAGGCGAGUGGCUGGCUGUGGGAAUGGAGAGCAGUAAUGUGGAAGUCCUGCACGUCUCCAAACCUGACAAGUACCAGCUGCACCUCCACGAGAGCUGCGUCCUCUCCCUAAAGUUCGCCUACUGCGGUAAAUGGUUCGUGAGCACGGGCAAAGAUAACCUCCUGAAUGCGUGGCGGACACCUUACGGAUCCAGCAUAUUCCAGUCUAAGGAGUCUUCGUCAGUCCUCAGCUGUGAUAUCUCCCCCGACGACCAGUUCAUCGUCACCGGCUCCGGGGACAAGAAAGCUACAGUCUAUGAAGUCAUCUACUGAACUCUGAUUGGCUGAAAAAACUAAUAAUCAGGGGGCGGAGCCAAGUCUCCCUCCUGCACCAAUGACUGUACAGAGCGUCGGCGGCAUGGAAAAGCAAGAGACACUCAACUUGUACUUUUGUUGUUUCGUUUACGUUUGUGAAAGCAAAGAGAGAAAGAGAAGCGAGGAGGCGCGAAAAGUCACAUCUCUGGAAAACUUUGAUUUUAAUGCUCUGAGAACGCUGGUUAGUCUAUAGCUGCGCAAAUGUGGGAUUCCUCCAAAGAACUUUUGUUUUUGUUCCUAUUUUUGUUCCUUUUUUUUUUUAACAAAAUGAAACCUCUGUAGUGAAAAAGAAAUUAGAAAAAAAAAUGAAAAAAAAACUUAUUUUUUUAGCCUUUGAAAUUUUCGCAAACGGUUGGACAGCAUUGAGUGGGGGGAAAGACGGAGGCGUCGAGGAGGGCUGGAAAACUCUUAAUGGAAAAAUACGGUCCAUAUUCUGUGCUGUGUGUGAAGUCCAAGCCUGAGUCAGCUUGGCCCGCUUUGGCCCGGUCUGGUCCAGCUCAGUCCACGGCACGAGGAGGCUGCUCCCUCCUCGGGGCAGCAGAUGCGUGGCAGAUGGUGCGCUGAGAGGUUCCAGCUAUGUUUUUUUGUUUUGUUUUUUUUUUGUUGUUGUUUUUGCGUUGGCCUCAUGAUUUUGUUUCUGCAGCAACAUGAUUGUAUCAUCUCUGUGCAUACAUGACAGAACAGGGCUCGGUUUCCUCUGAAGUGUCCUGGGACUCAGAUUGUCUUUGUUCUUUUUACUUCUUCCUUUUUUCUUUCUUUCUUUACAUAAAGUACAAAGAUGAACUUAUUCUGAAGAUGUUUUAGGGAAAACCAACCUCAAACAGAAGACAGACAACUGAAGUCAUUUCAAACAGGUAGUCUCCAGAUUCAGGACUCGGCCUCUGCUGCGUCAUCUUUAACUCUCAACAUUACAUGUGUUUUUCUAUUGUAUUUGUUAGGGCACAUAUAGACAGACAGACUGGUAUUUUCACAACUGCAUCAUGAACCUUAAACCUUGCUAUAUAUGGACAUGUAAAUAAAGUUCUCUAAAGGCAAACAAGGAUCUGUGGCUUGGAUUUGCUUUGAAACAACGGACCGGAGUGUUUUUCUCUUCAGAGAUCUGCACAGUUUUUGUCCAAAACCUGCAGUUCUUUGCUUAAAUGCUGGUGUGAAUGCUUGAAAUUAGGUAGAUCUGUUGAGUGUGUGGUUGUUUUUCAACUGCAAACUCAAGUCAGACUCUUGGCAGGUUUCACUUCAAUGUUUAAAAGUGGAAAAAAAAAAAGAGAUGCAUUUGUUGAAUAUUUGUUUAAACCGUAACAGACAGAAAAGCAUGUUCGCGCUCUGUGGUGCCAAAAAAGCAUCUUAGAAAAUAUUUAGAUGAAAAAUGAAGCAACGUGAAUGGUGAGUGCGCUCCCUGCCUCUGCUCUCAUGUGAUCGAAACAUGUCUCUCUCUGGGAGCCAAACACAAAAGCUUCUCGAGUCGAUGUCUGCCUGCAUCGUGUGAGAAAGCGUCCUGGGAUUCAAACCCACAGCAUGAGCGAGCUGUGAUUCACGGCUCCUUUGUGACUGGAGCUCUCGGUAAAUAAUGCAGCCGUGCAGUUGUGUUCUUGUGCAGAGCUGGCUUGUAGUGUGGUGAGACAAAGGUGAUCUGCAGUACAAUAGGCUGCGCGAUGGAUUAUUAUAGCAAUAAUGCCCAAGAGGGAGUUCUUCGGUGAUUAUGGCUGUCGUGGUGACUGUUCAGCCAAGAUGAAGCUUUAACUGUGUGAGAAGAGAACCUGAGAAAGUGAAGCAUUUAUCUUUUGCCUGCUGUAGAGGAUUGUGUCGGCAUACUUCUGGAUAAUAAUGCAUUUAGCUCUUUUAAUUUCUUUUCAUGCAAGGCUAAAAAUGCCGACUCUGACCCUUUUUUUUGUUUUUUUAAACCUGAAACGCUUCAGCUAAUACCUAUAAUCACAACACUGAUCUGCCUCAAGGCUAUUACAGCCAUUGUUGGUGUUUCUACCAGUGGACUAAAGGAAAAGACUGAAUGAAGAAAACAGAUCGCUCACCUACUCUGUGCUUUAUCACUCAGGUGAAUCUUCCUGCUUGGAUUAAGGAACUCUGAUUAAAGCAGACUCUGUCUAAUCUGUCAGAGUUGCAGCUACAUCGUCUCAUUGGCAUUUACCGCACAGAAAAUCCGAAAUUUCAAAAUGAAAGAACCUUGACUGUCAAUUUACCAAAACCAUAGCCUUUGAAGAUAUGUCUGUUUCAUGUACUUUAAACUUAAGCCCCAAGUAUUAGCAUCUUUCAGAUUUCUGCACAUAUGUAAAUGUAUUUAAAUGAGCCCCAGUAUCUGCUUUGUUCGAUUGAGCAAUUUAUUCAAUGAGAGGAGAGGAAACCUCCAACACUGGUCAGUGGGUGGCCAGCGCUGAAUGAUUUUUCAAGCUUGUUGUCAGUAUCCUGUGGAAAAAGAAGACUGUGUCACCAGUUUGCCUUGUUGUUACUGUGAUGAGGUGGACAUCAUCCGCGGUGUGUCAGCUGUAAAUGUUUCUCAGAUUGUGCAGAAAUUGAAUGAAUGAAGAAGUGUACAGGAAGAACUGUUGAUGAAAGUGAUUUGAGACUGUUUCUUGGUGAUGUUGGGAGAAUAAAGUGUUCCCUUUGGGUUA